GCCGGGCCGGGCCCCGCCUGCCCGGCAUGGCGGAGGAGCGGCGCUUUCUCUCGGCCUCCGGGGUGCCGAUCGCGCUGCGGCGCCGCCAGCACAGCGCGUCCUGCCGGGAGCUGGCGGUGCGCGGCCCCCGCCUGCAGCUGCGCUCGCUCAGCGCCGCCACCUCCGCCGUCUGGCUGGCGGCCUACGGGCUCUUCGCGCUCAGCGAGAACAGCAUGGUGCUCUCUGCUGCCAUCUUCAUCACGCUGAUUGGCCUGAUCAUAUACCUGCACUUCGUGAAGAUUGACCAGGAAUCCCUGCUGGUCAUCGGCUCACUGGGCAUUCAGGUGACUUCAUCCUAUGCCUCAGGGAAAGAGAGCACAACCUUCAUUGAGAUGGGUCAAGUGAAGGAUGUGGUUAUCAAUGAAGCCAUCCAUAUGCAAAAAGUUAUCUACUACCUGUGUAUCCUCCUCCAGGACCCUGAAGAUCCUCAGGGAGUAUCUGAGGUUGUGCCACUCUUUCAGAGUUCCAAGCCACGACUGGACUGCUUGAUAGAAGUGUACAAAAGUUGUCAAGAGAUCCUGGAGCAGAGCAAGACAGCUCCACAAUCAAGUGAAAAGCUGAAUAGCUGAAAAAAGACAGCAAACUUUCAGCAGGACUCAGAGGGACACAUGGAAAAGCAAGCAAAACUGCCCCAUGAGCAGAGCUUUUUAGGCUCAGACAGAAGAGGUUUUUUCUUGCCUCUCCAGAACAGAAUUUUGGGGAAAUAGGCCAAAGGGAGACAAGAAAAUGCAUCAAUUUUUUACUGUCUCAUGCAUCUGAAAAUUAUGCUAAAAUUAUAAAAUAACCUUGACUGGA